GCUCACUCAAUGAGCACCGAGACAGGAGGAGUGUCCGACUGUUUACAUCUCGUUUCGGGGGCCGAGAGAUCUUUUCCUCCAGCAUGAUGUCGGUGUGGAAUUAUCGCACUCUCAACCUUUGAGAAAUAAAGGCGGCCAGCGCAAAACAGUGACCCGGCGUUGAGUCAUGGGAGGCCAGAUAACCCGAAACGCCUUGUACGACUCUCUGGGUGGACCGUUCCCCUCAACAGCUCACCGAUGCCACCACAAACCCAAACGCUGUUUACCCUUGCAUCCAUGCGGAGGUGUGCCCGUGAGCCCCCUUCUCUUCCACCCCAACGCUAAAGGCUCUCAGAUAGUCAUGGAUCUAGCACAAAGGAGCGUCAAACGGCAGGCCAGCUUCUGCAAUGCCAUCACUUUCAGCAACCGGCCCAUUGCUCUUUAUGAGCAGGUCCGCUUAAAGAUAACUAAAAAGCAGUGCUGCUGGAGUGGCGCUCUCCGCCUGGGCUUUACUUCCAAGGACCCGUCUCGAAUCAAUCCCGACAGCCUGCCCAAAUAUGCCUGCCCUGACCUGGUAUCCCAGAGCGGCUUCUGGGCCAAGGCCUUGCCAGAAGAGUUUGCAAACGAAGGAAACCUCAUUUCCUUCUGGGUGGAUAAGAAGGGGAGAGUAUUUUACCGCAUCAACGAUUCCAGCCCCAUGCUGUUCUUUAGCGGCGUUCGGACCACAGAGCCACUGUGGGCCCUCAUCGAUGUCUACGGUCUGACCAGAGGAGUGCAACUGCUGGACAGUGAAGUCGUCCCACCAGACCUUCUCCGCCCACGAUCCUUCACCACAGUACGUGGAUCCACCUCGUUGCGACGUGAAGCAGACACCUCCCGCCUGUCCGUCAGUCUUUGCGAUCUUAACCUGCAACAAGAUGAUACCAGACUUCGGCUCCCUCCUGCCCCCGUCGCCUGUCCCAUUCCUCAAAAUUCCAUGAACUCCCAGCAGUCAUCACUGCUUCCUCACACCUUGGAAUGUGACCUACGUUUCCACCAGCUCCGAGGUGCCCACAUCAAAACCCUUAACGAACAGACCGUGGCCCGAUCCGAACACAACCGUGAAGAACGCACGUUGGUCUUCACAGAUCGCCCACUACGAAUUGGUGAAACCAUCUUCAUCAAAGUCAUCAAGUCCAGCCCUGCUCGAUCUGGGUCUCUCUCAUAUGGUGUGACGUCAUGUGACCCAGCAGUGCUUCGCCCUAGCGACCUCCCUUACAAUCCUGAGGCGCUGGUGGACCGUAAGGAAUUCUGGGCAGUGUGCAGGGUGCCUACUGCUUUGCAAAGUGGCGAUAUCCUGGGUUUCCUGGUCACACAGGAAGGGGAAGUCAUUCUGAGUCAUAAUGGCAACAAUGUGGGGAUGCAGGUGUGUGUGGACAACUCACGACCACUCUGGAUGUUCUUUGGAUUGCACGGUGCUGUCACGCAGCUAAGGAUUCUAGGCUCCACUUUCUUGGGUGAUGCUCGUGACCCAUCCAGCCCUGGCUCGCCCUCUGCCUCGCCCCUCUCACCCUCAGGCCUGUGCGGUGGAAGCCCAGAGUCCAGUCUCAAUGAACGUGGCUGUUCUGCUGCCUUCUGCAGUUCCACUGAAGGAACAACACCCAACUCGCCCGUCAGUCUCCCCAAAUCUCCCACUUUCCCAUCUGCCUCAGGCUCAUGGCAGGACGAGUGUUCUAUCUGCUAUGAAAACACAGUGGACACGGUCAUCUACGCCUGCGGACACAUGUGUCUCUGCUACACCUGUGGCCUUCGCCUCAAAAAAAUGGCCAACGCUAGCUGUCCUAUCUGUAGGAGAGCUAUCAAAGACAUUAUAAAGACCUACCGGAGCACUUAGGGGAGCCCCCUCACCCCCCAAACCCACGUCUCAUAAGGGCCAUUAAGGAUCUCUAAUAGAUCUCUGUUUCAAGAGAGGGUUGGUGUCACAGUUCAGGGACUCGCUCUGGCACUGCAUGGGUCUCCUUUCCCAUGGCGAUGACUUUUGAACCUUUGAACCUUCGAGGCUCAGGCAUCCAUUCACAAAGGUCUUUUGUAUUUCAUGCUCAAGUCUCUGUUGCUAUGGUAACCAGUGAUGUUGCUGCUUUUUAGAAGCAUCUGGCUUUUCAACUGACGUAAGACAAAUCAUAGACAGUAUCUCAUUGAAUUCAGGACAUUUCAGGUGACACAGGAGAUAUUCAAGGUUGCACAUCUCCCAUUUCUUCUACCUUCUCCGUGAGCCAUAAUAGACUCUCAUUCAUAGCAUAGCUGCAUAUCCUUUAAAGCUGGAAUCAUAUUCAAUAGUCAUAUUACAGUCUAUUAUUUUUUCCCUCUGCUGUCCUCUCUAGUCAGACCAGCUAAGGCACUUUUACCAUUGAAAUUCAUACAAAAAUGUCUCAGUGUUUCACAAUUUUUGUCUGUGCUGGGCUGAGACAGAGGCAGAAAGACAUAUAUAAAGGUACAGCGCUUUUCAUACCUCACCAUUUCAUGCUAGUUGUGUAACCGACAGCUUGCCCAUAUUACAUGCUAUAAAGUGAGUUGAUCUGGAGGUCUUUGUGCAUUGAUGACUAUUUGAUCAUGUGUUUCGUAAUGUAAUAUGAAGCUUUGGUAGGUAGCAGGUGAAGUCAGCUAAUGAUCUGCUAUAAUUUUGCUUAUGCGUGCGUUCAACAAGCAGGACAUUGUGGUGGAAAUAAAGAGAUAUAAUUUGUUAAAACAAUACACAGGAAUGAUUAACCAGUUAGUCAUGUGGCAGAUACACGUAUAUUCAGUUACAUAACAACUCAUUUAAAGAACAUUAAUAUUGGAUAUCUCAAUUGAUCCAAUGGCGCUGGGAAAUGUAAUCGCCACAGAGAAGUGCGGUUAAAUAGAGCACCUCAUCUCACGACCCUAAAACAUGUUGGCCUAAUCAAACCUUGAUUUACUGUGAACUUGUUCUCGACUGUCGAUUGGAACACACACACUCUGGGUUUUCUGCAAAAGCAAUUGAAAUGUUACCAUGGAGAGCGAAAUCUAGGAAGAAGGAAAACAGCCUUGAGGCAUUAACCAAUGAAAGAGUAAUUUGUGGUGAGAGGAUAUUUGAUUUGCCCAGUUAAUCCAUAUUUCUCCCAGCCCCCCACUGCCAACAGUUUCUGUAGGCCAAAAUUGGUGUGUAUGGGGAUAAUAGCGAGCGCAGGCCACUGAUAAAAUAGCAAAUUGAUUAAAAUGGAAUAUGUUUGGGAAACAGGCCGGCUCAGUGUUCCUGCUGGCAUUGAGAACGAAAAAAGCAGGGUCAGAAAGAUGAUCAAUUUCUUUCUGACUGACCCCCAAAGCCAAAUUCAUGGUAAAAGUAGCAUUUGACAGCAGACUUCUCUUUUGAAGCUUUACAACUGCAUCCAGACAGCUUCUCAAGGUAAUUUAAGGACAACAUAGAAAGUCCUGCUGCUGUACCAUUGAAAGUGAACUCCAUCCCUUAUCUCACUGAGAGAUUGAAGUUAAUACAGUUUUAUAUUGUAGAGGUGAAAUGCAUAGAUGGAUGUCACAAAACAUGUCAAGAAAGAAAUAGGAAAUUGCAUUUUGAUUUCAAGACAAUGAAAUAUUUAACAUUUGCAUUUACAGUAUUUACGACAAUUAAGCAAAUAUUCCCUCUUUAUUAAAAAAAAAAAAAUUAAAAUGUCCAUUGCAGUGCAUAGUCUGCACACUGAAAAAUAAUAAUAAUAAUAAUAAUGGUAUAUAGUCAAAAUUGUAUUUAUUGUUUGUAUUUAGAGUAUGUAUAGUACCUUUAAUUUAAGCAGAUACAAUCAUGACAAUCUAUAAUGAAAAUCACCAUAAAAAUUUAAAGCAAAACAUUCUUAUGUGUGGGAAAUAUGCUUAAAUUUGCUUUUUUUCCAUUGUCUUUAUAAUCUUGAAAAAUCUUGAAAUGUGACGUGACCAUGUUUUCAUGAGAUCAGUUGUCUUAUUCAUCUUGAUGUGACAGAUCAUUUGCAUUCAGGUCAGCGGAUAGCAGGAGCAGGUUUGAUUGUUGGUUCUAGAUCCCCUAUAAACGUCACUUCAAUAUCCCACACAAUCCAUAAUCAAUAUUUUUCAGAAAUCCAGAUCACAUUUGAAUAUUUAUGGCAAACAAGCAAAAGAGUACACAACGAUGUGCAUUUGUGUGCGUGUGGAUCUUAAAGCAGCUCAAGAGUAAUAUCAGUGAACUACAAUGGACUGCGGGCUAAUAUUGUUCAUAACUAGCCAGUUAGCUUAUGUAAAGCAAUCGUGAUGACUGGCGCUUAAAUUCAUGCUGCUAUUAGUAUUAGCCAGCUCUCCUUCAGGCAAUGCUAACACCAUGUCGAGAAAAUGUCCUGUCAGUCUUGACAGGAUAUUCUGUUAAGAGUUUUACUCUAUUGUUUGAAGUGGUGAUUCACUUUUGAAUGUUAAUUUAUGUUCAUUAGAAGAACCUAUUAGCAUAGCUGUAUCUGAGGUGUUGCUAUAGCGCUUUGUUUUUAUUAUUAUUAUUAUUAUUUUUCCUUUUUUUUGAAUUAUUGGACCGAAAUUAUGAUUGUAUAGUUUGCUUGUCAGUCCUCUGUGGUUUAUACGGAAGUAUCUUUCUUGAAUUUUGUGCUGGUUUUCUUGUACCCAACAAGCUAUGAGCAGUACACCAAUCAGGGGCUUCGCAGUAAACAAUCAUAACCAGCUUUUUAUUGGGAGCAAGAUGAACUAAAGAUUAUGUACACUCCCUUUGAUAUCAGGUGUUUUAUGAUUUCAUUGGCAACGUAUUUUCUUCUGAGGUGUCUAUUUAUGGUGAAAUUUUACUGAACUGAACUUGCUAAAAGUUCAUACAGUUCUGAAAAUGCCCUAAAGGCCCAAUAUUUCUGUUUAGAGCGUUCGUUUGAAAGAUUUUUGAAAAACUUCACAAACCUUUUUAAAAACAGCAAAUUGACAAAGUUUUUCAUCUAACAAACUUUGCACUUUUUAAAAAAAAAAAUUUCCGUCACUUUAAAAGAAUCGCUAUUCCCCCAAAUGUAUUUUUCUUUUCACCCCAGUUUUGUAUUUUAUGUCUUUUGCACAAUUUAGGGCGUAAUAUAAGGGCAAUCUUUGCGUUUCUGUCACUUUAUAAAAUUUGAUUGUAGUUUGUUUUGAAAAAUGUUAACAGUUUUUGACAUCGUCUUUCUGUUGAUAUUUGGACAAAAUGAAAUGAAUUCUGUUUGAAUAAGUCUACUAAUCUUACCCCGCAUUUCUAUCAUUUAAAUGCUUGUAAUGAAAUUGCUAUAGAAUGGGAUUAUUUAUUUUACAUUCUCGCUACUCCACCUUGUUUUUCUGAGGACCUUCAGAGGACAUAGUCCUUACCGAUGCACCACAGUUGGAUUCACUUUUGAUUGUUGUCGACCCUGUAAUGUACUUUAUUUAUGUACCGCGUGUAGAGUACGAUGUGUUGAAUCUGAAGUGUGUUGCAGAUUCUGUGGUAAAUGUUAUUUACCUUAUUUAGCUUUCCUGUUUUGGAGUUAUUUUUAAUCAAAGCUCUAGAUAGAGGCCUAACGAAAACAGCCAUAUUCGCACACUGGCCAAUAAUUUUGUUUGUUUCAGGAAAAAAAAUAAAAUGAUGUUUUGUGAAGUAACCACAAAUGGGAUCAGGGAUUGCAUAAAUGAUCACCCCAACCUUAAAUAAUUUCAAUUUCAAUGUUGAUAAAAUCUGAAUAUUUUUUCAAUGGUGAUAAAACCAGAAGCUUUUUUAUCUUAUUAUAUAUACAUGUUUUAAAAAAUGAUUGGAAUUGCUUUUCUUUAUCCUAGUAUUUGUUGUUUCCAGUGUGUUUCGUUCACUCAUUACCCAUUGGUGAACAGUGGGACCAAACUAAUAUUGAAUCAAAAAAGGUAUGAUUCCUCUUUCCCAGGGUUCAUUCAAGGGCUGUGUUAAUUGAAUCACUGAUUCAUAGAGUCCAUGAGGUCAGUAGUGAUGUAGUCACGAGAAAUGUCUCAGCUUAUUGUGGCAUUCAGUUUUUGACUCAAACCCAUGUUCAGAUUUGUUUUCUUCUUAAAGUCUGUGAUCAGUUUAUGAAGCUUUGUUUUGUCUGAGUCAAAGAUGACUGUCAAUAAACUUUGCAGAUGUGUUUCA